AUGGAGUUUAUAACAUCCAUGAUGCUUCUGUUUUCCUUCUUAUACGUUACCCUUCUAUCAGCAAAGUUGGUGAUCCGAAGAGGUAAGCAAAAGUGUUAUAUGAUCGAUUACGAAUGCUACAAGGGCGAGAAGGAAACACAACUGAAUUCUGAACUGUGUGCCAAGAUUGCUUUGCAGAACAAGAAUAUUGAUAUUGAAGAUUUCAGAUUUUUGUUAAAAAUCAUGGUUAAUUCGGGUCAAGGUGAAGAAACUUAUGGCCCCAAAACCGUCGUCUUAGACAAAGAAGAACCAAAACUUGUCGAUUCUAUAUCAGAACUAGACACAAUAUUCUUUAACACACUAGAUUCUAUAUUUGCUAGGUCAAAAAUCUCACCAUCUAAUGUUGAUAUAUUAGUGGUGAAUGUAGGUUUACUGUCGGUAGCACCUUCUUUAACAUCUAGGAUCAUAAAUCACUACAAGAUGCGUGAAGAUGUUAAGGCGUUCAAUCUGACAGGAAUGGGCUGCAGUGCAAGUGUCAUUGCCAUUAAUCUGGUUCAGCAAUUGUUCAAGACUCACCAAAAAAAAUUAGCCAUUGUUGUGAGCACAGAAGCAAUGGGUGCUCACUGGUACAAUGGGAAAGAAAGGUCUAUGUUGUUGUCUAACUGCCUUUUUCGUGUGGGAGGUUGUUCUAUGCUUCUAACCAAUGACGAGGAUUGGAAGGAUAAGGCAAUUUUGAAGCUCAAGUGUUUAGUCAGAACCCAUUUUGCAUCCAACGAUGAAGCCUAUUACUGCUGCAUGCGAGAAGAAGAUAAUCAAGGAUACGAAGGCGCACGCCUCAACAAGUCCCUCCCAAAAAUUGCUGCUCAAUCGUUGAAAAAGAAUCUAUAUAUGCUUCUACCAAAAGUGCUUCCUCUUAGGGAAAUUCUUCGUUAUAUAAUCUUCAAAUCCACGGAUUCAAAGAUCAACCUCAAAACUGGAAUAGAUCACUUUUGUAUCCAUCCAGGUGGAAGAGCUGUAAUUGACAAUAUUGGUGAAAAUCUAGGGCUAAACGAGUAUGAUCUUGAACCUAGUCGAAUGACACUACAUCGGUUUGGGAACACAUCGUCUAGCGGCAUUUGGUAUGUUCUUGGAUACAUGGAGGCAAGGAAAAGGCUAAAGAAAGGGGACAAAAUCUUGAUGAUUAGCUUGGGUGCAGGUUUUAAAGCCAACAGCUGUGUUUGGGAAGUCAGCAGAGACCUGAAUGGAAGCAAUGUCUGGUCUGACAUGAUUGAGAAUUACCCACCAAACAAGAACGCGAUAAACCCUUUUCUUGAGAAAUUUGGAUGGAUCAAUGAUGAAUCUAUGACUUCUCUCACUAUAGCCCAUCUGCGCAAUGUCCUGGAUAAUCGGUCGUAAUAAGAACCAUAUUAUAUACCACACCCUGCAAAUGCCCUAUCCUCGGUUAUUUCACCUUCGCUAGCUAUUUCCAACGCACGUACUAUGGAGUAUAAUAUUUUUACUACAUUUUAGACUUGUGUGGACGUAAUCACGUUCAUUGCUCGGUUACUAUUAUUUGUUUAGUGUAUUAUGUAAUGAUUGUAAAGCCUAAGGGCUAGUGUGUCAAUAACAUAGUUAAUAACCGAAUAGUCGGUUAUAGGCAGUUAUUUCGAUUGGGCAUAGUUUUCUCUAUUCGUGAACACUCACCAUGGUUUACUCUAUGUAUCAAAAA